UGUGUUGCUGCCUAAACUCUUCCGGUACAAAGUCUUGUUCUGGCCCAGAGGGAGCCGGGCUGGCGGCUUUGGGGCUCUUGGAGUUGGGUGGACGGCGUCUUGGGGCACAGAUGAGCCAAUGGCAUCCUGCCCGCUACGGUUGGGGCGGGAGAGGCGUUUUUUGACGGCCCUCCGGCGAGAGGAAGGGUGGAAGCCACGCCCCCGAAAGGUGGAAAGACUAUAUCCCAGUUGGACAGCGGAUGCCAGGAACCCGUUUCAUUGCUUUCAAAGUUCCUUUGAAAAAGAGUUUUGAAGAGAAUCUUGCUCCAGAAGAAUGUUUUUCCCCCUUGGAUCUUUUUAACAAAGUCCAAGAACAGAAUGAAGAACUUGGACUGAUUAUUGAUUUAACAUAUACUAACUGCUAUUAUAAGCCAGAGGACUUACCAGAAACUGUUCCUUACUUAAAAAUUUAUACGAUUGGGCAUCAAGUAUCUGAUGAUGACACUAUUUUUAAAUUCAAAUAUGCUGUUAAUGGGUUUUUGAAAGAAAAUAAAGAUAAUGACAAACUUAUUGGCGUCCACUGUACCCAUGGUGUAAACAGGACUGGCUACCUCAUCUGCAGCUGGAGGAAGUGCCAAGGGAUUACCAGAACUCUGGACUGAAGCUCUAACUGAAAUGCCCCCAACCUCAGGUGGUGGGUUACUCUCAAGUGUCUGGCUAUGUGGAGGUUGUGGCAGACAAAAUAUCUGGUUUGGAGGCUGCAAACCCCGGGAAGUCUCCAUCGCUACAAAGGAACAAGGAAGAAGUCAGUCUUUGGUAAGUGAGAUGCUUCUAGAUGCAACACAGAAACCAUGCACUGCUCAACACGGACAAGACUUUUCUACUAGUUCUUAAGAGUCAUGGGCAGCACCCUGUGCUAGGAGAUAGAGGAGGCAGCUGUUCUAGUUCUUACUGCUGAUCAUUUGAUGUCACUGUUGCUUGGUUUCCUUUGUACUUCAUAGGACUUUUAUAAGUCAAGUAAAAGGUAAAAGUGA